AUGUACUAGAUUACUAAACCAUGGAAAAAAAAUAAUGGUCUCUUGGCAUCACUUUCAACUCAUAUGAAAAUAUUUUUCCACACAAAAUAAAAAAAAAAAUGGCUUCUUCAAACUUCGCAAGUGACGUGUGACCUCAAAAUUUAAUAAUUUUACUCUGUUUUCAUGCAGUUUUCACUUCAAUUUUCUUAUUUAAAUAAAACUAUUAAAGUGUUUAUUUCAUCUAAAAAUAAUAAUUUAUUUAAUUCACCAAUAAAUUGCCGAAAACUCUUUUAAAAUGUAUUAAAUUGAUUUCUAAAAGAAAAAAAUGUAAUGUGUUUGUUUAGGUUAUCAUAAAUUAUUACCACAAAAAUAAAUUUCAUUUGAAAACACACAUAAAAAAAAAAUUGUUAUUAAAUGAAAAAUAAACUAAUUCAAAAUAUGGAAACAAGUUCUGAUUAUUCUGAUGAAAAACCUUCUUCAGUGAAUCUCACUACACAUCAUUCUUCUUCUUCGUCUACUGGAGGAGGUGGAAGUGCAGGCAAUAUGAGUGUAGAAUUAUGUUUGGUAUGCGGCGACCGUGCCUCUGGUCGCCACUACGGAGCCAUCAGCUGCGAGGGUUGCAAAGGCUUCUUUAAGCGAUCGAUUCGCAAACAACUCGGUUACCAGUGUCGCGGGGCAAUGAACUGUGAGGUGACAAAACAUCAUCGCAAUCGUUGUCAGUUUUGCCGAUUGCAGAAAUGUUUAGCCAGCGGCAUGAGAAGUGAUUCCGUCCAACAUGAAAGAAAACCAAUAUUAGAUAAAAAAGAACCAUUAGUUAGUUCUGGGAAUAGUACAAAUACAGGCAGUCCGUCAAGUUAUCAACGGGGUAAAGGAUAUAGUCAUCAAAAUGCAUCAUCACCCACGUCAGCAGCAGCAGCAGUAGGUUCAUUGACUGGGUCAGCGGCCUCAGCGGCCGCUGCUUUGUCAAUUGACAGCAGUGCGGUGACGUCAAGUGUAUUUCCACCUAUACCGAGUUUUAAUUUUGCAGACUUAACGCAGACUUUGAGUGAGUAUUUGUUUGCACAGCAACAACAACAACAGCAGCAGCAACAGCAAGCCCAACAAGUACCUAAGAUCGAAAAUUAUUGCUAUUCCCCCGAGGAAGCUACCAUAGAUGAGGAUUCAAUGGAUAACAGUACUCUGUGUGCUUCGAGCAAUAACAACAACAAUAACAACAGCAACACAAGUGUUUUAAACACAUCAGUCUCUGAGACUCUUCCCAAUACUGCUGCCUCCUCAGUCCACCUCAUACAGACGUCAAUUGAUAAGACAAUAAUUGGAAAGUCACUGGAACUUCUUAACGCUGUCCAGCUUCACUACGAUCGUAGUGGAGGUUCACAAUUCGAUGGUCUUAUAAAGAAUGAAAUCGAUGACGAAAUGGAUGAUGAAAGUAUGGAAAAUUGUACACUUCUGGAUGAAGCCAUUUUUGAAGGACCACUUCUUCAAGAUCAACAAGUGGCAUUUAUACUGCAAGUGCCGUCACUUGUGUCGACUUAUCUAAACAACCAUUACGUAUGCGAGAGUAGCAGUAGAAUUAUAUUUCUCACGGCUUAUUGGAUGAAGAAAGUAAUCGCCUUCGAUCAGCUGGACGAAAAAAUCCAGACGAAAUUAAUGCGACGGCAUUGGCCGCAAUUAUUUGCUUUAGCGCUGGCGCAAUGUACAGUCCUUUCCAUCGGUACCAUCAUGAGCACUUUGGUGGCAAAUAUUCGACAACUCUCCGAAGUGGAAAAAAUCGAACCAGACAAGAUACGUAAACUCUGCGAGCACACAUUGCGGUUGCACGAGUUUAUUGAGACAGUAAAGACUCUGGACAUGCACGAUUAUGAAUUCGCUUACCUGCGAUUGAUACUGGUCUUCAAUACGGACGGAGCUGUCAACAUUAAAGACAUGAAUGGCCGGAAUUACAUUAAACGAGUCCAACUUCAUGCAAUGAUGGGACUUCGUAAUUAUCUCACUGAAACAAUCCCGCUGCAGGAUGAGAUGGAAGAAAGAUUCAAUAAUAUCAUUCUACGUCUGAUGCCACUGUGUGCCUUGGAAGCUGAUGUCGUCGAAGAAUUAUUCUUUGCCAAUUUAAUUGGUCAAAUUCAAAUUGAAAAUAUGAUACCUUAUGUACUUAAGUUAUGUAGCAAUGGUGUUUAGAUAAACAUCAAACAAAACAUAAAUAAAUGCAAUGCAAUACAUUUUAGACUAAAAUAAAAAUAUUUAUAUAGAAAAAAAAAAAGAACAAUAACAAAUGAUUUGUUAUAAACAAAAAAGUCAUUAUAAAAAGAAAGAAAAUUUGCAUUAACCCAAAAAAGUGUGCAAAUAUGCAAUUAUUAAAAAUUAUAAUAUUAAAUCGGUAAAGAUAAAUAUAUACGGACUGAGUAGAUUUUAUUAUUAAGUUUAAAUAUAAAUAAAAAUUAUAUAAAAUAUAAUAAGAGUAUAUUAGAUAAAAAAAGAUAUUUUAGAAAAAAAGAAAAUAAAGUUGAAAAUUUCAA